AUGGAUAAACCUCCAUACUUAGGAAGUGAUAAGGCCAAAUCUACCCUUCAAGCAACUUCGUUAACGCCACAACAAGUUGUGAUAUCAGAAGAAUAUCCUGUUUUAUUGACCAAAAGCAAGGAAGAGCUAGAAGAUCUUCUUAACAAUGGCGUAAUCUACGAGUCUUUCCUAAUGGAGGUGGAACAAGUUAGAGCAAUGACUACCUUGAAAAAUGAUAUGAUGAUAAAUAAUGAAACGUCGGCAAGUGCGGAUUACAAUUUGUUGCUAUGCUCCAAAAACACGCUAUUGCAAGAACAAGAAUUAAUUCAACUACGGAAAACCGUAGAAGAGAAGGAAAAUGAGCUCAAAGAACUCUAUAACACUUUACAGGAAAAAAUUGCAAUGCAGCAAAAUAUAUUGCAGAGAUUUUCACCCUCGGUUCUUUUAACAAAACUUAAAUCUAGUGUCCAACAAUCUGAUGAAUUAUCUGAGCAAAUUGCAUCAUCGUUUUUGUCGGGAGAAUUAGAAUGUGAUCAGUUUUUAAAACAGUUUAAGGAAGUAAGGAAGGUAUAUCACUUAAGAAACGCAAAAGUUGAAAAGGCUAAUAAUCAACCAGAGAUACUAGAGUCGGGUUUAUGA